GGAGCCGCGCCCCGCGCAUGCGCCGUGCCCCGCCCUCUCCCGGCGGACGUGACGCGCGCGGCGGCUCCCGCAGGUCCUGCCGCACGUGAGGGCAGCGAUGGAUGCGCUGGAUCGGGUGGUAAAGCCUAAAACUAAGAGAGCAAAAAGAUUUCUUGAGAAGAGAGAACCCAAGCUAAAUGAAAAUACAAAAAAUGCUAUGCUCAUAAAAGGAGGAAAUGCAAAUUUAACAGUGACUGAAGUGCUUAAAGACAUUUAUGCUGUGAAGAAGCCUUUUGCUGUACUGUAUAAAAGGAAGAAUAUUACCAGGCCUUUUGAGGACCAAACAACAUUGGAGUUUUUUUCCAAGAAAUCAGAUUGUUCUCUGUUUCUCUUUGGCUCCCAUAACAAGAAGCGACCUAACAACCUGAUAAUAGGUCGCAUGUUUGACUACCACGUGCUAGACAUGAUUGAGCUGGGCGUUGAGAAGUUUGUAUCCCUAAAAGAUAUCAAGAACAGUAAGUGUCCUGAAGGGACAAAACCUAUGUUGAUAUUUGCUGGUGAUGUGUUUGAUGUGAAUGAAGAAUACAGAAGACUGAAGAGCCUUCUUAUUGAUUUCUUCAGAGGUCCCACUGUGCCCAGUAUUCGUCUGGCUGGUUUAGAGUACGUUCUGCAUUUCACAGCUGUAGAUGGGAAAAUUUACAUGAGAAGUUACAAAGUGCUUCUGAAGAAAUCUGGCUGUAAAAUACCCAGAAUUGAACUGGAAGAGAUGGGACCUUCAUUAGAUCUGGUUAUGAGGAGGACACAUUUAGCCUCAGAUGACCUUUAUAAGCUGUCUCUGAAACAGCCAAAAGGCCUGAAGCCCAAGAAGAAAAAGAAUAUCUCCCAUGAUGUGCUUGGUACAACUUAUGGUCGAAUCCACAUGCAGAAGCAAGAUCUUAGUAAACUGCAGACACGGAAAAUGAAAGGCUUAAAAAAGAGGCCAGCAGAGAAAUCAGCUGAAGAUGGUGUGGCUACUCCCAAAAAGUCAAAGUCAGCUUGAUAGUCUGGGACUGCUUUGAAAACUCCUUGUACUUUCAAAUUUAGAAUAUAUGUUGUAAUAUAAAUUGUCAGACAUUAAAGAUUGAGCUGCUGUUAGGUUUAGUUUUGUAGCAAAAAAACUUUCUAAUACUUUGUCAUUUUAAAGGGAACAUUGGGGUAUUGAGCUUUAACAUGGAGCUGGGUUAUUUAAAAUUAAAAAAAAAAUGAUAAAAUUUUCUUAGUUCUCCAAA